GCAAAACAGCUGACUAGUUUCAUUUUGUUUGUGAAUUGUGAAAUUAACGGGACUCUGCGCUUGUUAAUUUUUAAAAAUGCUGGAGGCGCGAUUAAGUCAGACUUUGCUGCUGAAGAAGAUCAUCGAUGCGCUGAAGGAAAUCAUCGCUCAGGGAACAUUGGACUGCAGUGACUCUGGCCUGCAGCUCCAAUCAAUGGACAACUCCCACGUUUCGCUGGUGGCCCUAACCCUCCAAUCGGAUUGUUUUGAAAAGUUCCGCUGCGAUCGCAAUGUCUCCCUGGGAUUGGAUCUGAAAUCCCUGGGCAAGGUACUUAAGUGCGCCAAUAGCGACGAUGCGGUCACCAUAAAGGCCGUUGACAAACCGGACAAGAUUACGCUCAGCUUCGAGUCCGAUGGCAAAGAACGCACGGCGGACUACGAGCUAAGGCUCUUGAAUCUUGACGAGGACCACCUGGGGAUUCCGGAAACGGACUACUCCUGCGUCAUACAGUUGCCGUCGACGGAGUUCGCCCGCAUUUGCCGGGACAUGAGCAUGUUCGACGAGUCCCUGACGAUCGCCUGCUCCAAACAGGCCAUCAAGUUCUCGGCCAAUGGAGAUCUGGGCUCGGCCAACAUCCAGCUAAGUGAGGGCACAAAAAUGGAUGUGAGCAUUGAGGUGCAGGAACCCCUGACCCAGUCCUUCGCGGGUCGCUACCUGAACACCUUCACAAAAGCCACUCCUCUCGCGGAUCGCGUCAAGAUCUGCCUGUCCGCCGAGGUGCCUCUCCUGGUGGAGUAUCCCAUUGAGGAUUACGGCUUCAUUCGAUACUAUCUCGCACCCAAAGUGGAUGACCCCGAUUCCUAGCUGCACACACUUUCCACCGCAUCUAAGAACAUAACGAUACAUUUUUUUUACACUAUUAUAGGUCGUAAAAUAUAAAAAAUCGUAUU